ACCAAACACACAUACUCGUUUCAGACGGACUCUGUCCCCUCUUGCAUUUUAAGAUACAGCAUUUGCAGAGGGCCUGGAUCUAUGUCACUUCUCAACUAUAUUGACUGCCAGCGCAGCAGCAAACAGAUCAAAAGCCAACCCCCAACCCACAAAAAAAAAAUCUUGCAAGGGGCUGAAAACCAAUACAAACAUCGCCGGGGCUGUUUUACAAAAAAAAUGAACAUUGAGAAAUAUUUUUCAAGAACCGGAUACAAAGGCUCGUAUGACAAACAAGAUCUGGAAACCUUAACUGCAGUCUUCCAGCACCACAUCCGAGCGGUCCCCUUUGAAAACCUAAGCAUCCACUGCGGGGAAACUAUUACUUUGGAGUUAGACCAAGUUUACAACAAAAUCGUGAUGAAGAGGCGUGGUGGAUGGUGCAUGGAAAACAAUCAGCUGCUAAACUGGGUUCUGAAAACGCUGGGGUAUGAUACUACCAUUUUGGGGGCAUAUGUAUACAAUCCUCAACAAAACACAUAUGCUACCCGAAUGACCCACCUUCUCAUAAAGGUGGUUAUUGGUGGCAAAGCCUAUAUUGUGGAUGCAGGUUUUGGCGUGUCUGGUCAAAUGUGGCAGCCAAUGGAACUUAUUUCUGGAAAAGACCAGCCGCAGAUUCCUGGCAUCUUUCGCUUUACAGAAAACGAUGGGGUCUGGUACAAUGAGAAAAUAAGGAGGAAACAAUAUAUUCCCAAUCAACACUUCUCUGAUUCUGAUCUUCUAGAAAAAAGAUUGUGCAGGAAACUUUACUUCUUCAGUCUUGAGCCACGAACGGUGGCAGAUUUCCAGUUCCAAUGUACGUAUCUUCAGACGUCCCCAGACUCCUUGUUUACAAAGAAGUCUAUUUGCUCUAUUCAGACCACAAACGGGUUUCGGGCAUUAAUUGGAUGGACGCUCAUUGAGACAACAUACAAUUACAAGGAGGACAUGGAUGUUGUGGAAUUCACGACCCUUCAAGAGGAAGAGGUGGAGAAGACACUGGAGGAUAAAUUCAACAUAGCUCUGGAGAGAAAAUUAGUCCCAAUUAAUGACAAAGGAGCAUAUAAAAUUUAGUGUUUUGGAUGAAAUGCUAUAAUGAUACAUGUUUACGGCCUUUUUCAUAAUCUAUUUAAUCAGCAUUAGAUAAAUUGCAGGAAAAUUAGUGCCAGGUGAAAGUGAGAACUUCAGUUCAAGGAAAACAGGCCCUUUAGUUUCUCAUAUCAAUUGAGAGGCACCUGCUCAAGUACUGUGGGAGGAAAUGCGGUCCCAGGAGAGACUGUGGAGCAGGGUGGGAAAGGGGGAAGCAGCAUUUUUUAAUAGCUUAAGCAGAUAACUGGGAGUUAGAAAUAUUGAAUCUAACACACUAUUGACCUUUAACCACUGGGAAAAUCACAAUGGCCAAAACGUAGGCAACACCAUCCCAGGUAGGACUUAAAUAAUAGCCUGAUUUUCACAGGUGCUAAGAUCUUUCUUCCAUUUCCCUACUUAUAAAGUAGGACUAAUCACAAUACAUAUGAGGAGGAAUAAUUCAUUCGUGAUGGGGGAGCACUUGAACUUCAUCAGCCCAGAGGUACCACAAACAGCAAAAUGUUACAAAGUAAAUGCCUUCGUUAUUCCUGCAAUGAACUGCACACACUGAUUAUUUAAUACAUGCAUAUGGCUCUCAUGCUAUAUAAUGGAUGAACUGUAAUAAGGUGCCUAGUCAAGCAUCACAAUUUGUCCCUGCAGUUAGACUUCGAUUGGCGCCAUCCCGUGUAGAUGAGGGUGUUGCACUU